AUGUUUAAACUCACUGGCUAUAUGAAGCCUACGGCUAUUUUGCCUCAAGCGCAUUCAUAUAUACGCUUCAUAUCGAACUCCUCCAGAUUAUAUGAUGCAAGUGAUGCAAAAAUGAAAAAACAGAACAGAGAUCAGCAAAAAGAGUCCAAGAACAAGUUGAAAAGAAUGCAAUUAGUUAAGAAUAAGAAUAAGCAACAUCCAGAAUUACAUCCGUUAUAUAUGGAUGUACCAACUGCAUUAAAAUAUUUAAGGGCCGCAGAAGUGGGAAACCCAGCAAACAGAACUACUUUAAGUAUUUUGAUGACUAUCAUUCCUGAUAAAGGUUCUAAACCAAUAAGUGGAUCCGUCUUCUUACCAAGACCAAUAAAGGAUAAUAAUAUGUUGAUUUUUAGUUUGGAACAGGAAUCUUUAGAACAGGCUAAAGCAAAAGGUGCAACUGUUGGUGGUUUGGAAUUAAUUGAAGAAAUAAAAGCAGGAAACGUAAAGUUAGAUGAGUUUACACAAUGUUUCGCUACACCUGAUAUUGUCAAAGAAUUAAAGGCAAUUGCGAGAUAUUUAGGACCUAAGAAUUUGAUGCCAUCUACUAAAAAAGGUACCGUUUCUGAAGAUAUUUCAAAAUUAAUGGAAGAGAAUGUGGGUGCUUUACCUUUCAAACAGAGGGAUCAACAUUUAUCUAUACCAAUUGGUAGAUGUGACUUCAGUGACAAAGAGAUUUUACAAAACUUAAAAGCAGCUUCAGAUGCAAUCUAUGGUUGUCAACCUCCUGGAACCAAGAAGCCAAACUUAAUUGGUCAAACUUGCUUAUCUUCUACUAUUGGGCCUUCCUUAGUGAUUAAUUUUAGAAAUUGA